AUGGAGGCCACCCAUCUCCUCGGGGCUUCUCAGAUGUGGGCCAGUUGUCGGCUCCGGGCUCUCCCGGUCCAUGGAGGACCUGGAACGCUCUCCGUCUGGGACUACGCCAAGAAGCCAGUCAUGAAGGGCAACAAAGGUGCCAAGGGCAGCGUGGCCACUGAGGCCCUGAAGGACACUGAGGUGUGCACAGAUCCCGCCCGGCUGACCACACACGCCAUGGGGGUGAACAUCUACAAGGAAGGCCAGGACGUGGCCCUGAAGCCAGACUCCGAGUACCCCGAGUGGCUAUUCCAGAUGAACUUGGGUCCCCCCAGAAAGCUGGAGGAGCUGGAACCCGAGUCCCGUGAGUACUGGCGACUGCUGCGUAAACAGAACAUCUGGUGUCACAACCGGCUAAGCAAGAACAAGAAGCUGUAGCAUGAGGAUGGAGCAUCUCACCGGAAGCUGCCCGGCCCAGGCCAGCAAGAAGGCUCAGCCGGGAGCGGUGCUC